UCCUGUUGGUGUACCCUGUGCUUUGUUAUUAAACCUUCAAUACUUAACAUCGCGUGCCCUCAACUCUCUCGCUUAAAAAAUAUCUCGCGAUGGCAAUUGAUUAAAAAAAUAGGUUUCGGGAGUAAUUUGUUCAAAAUAUGGGAGAAGUAUAAUUUUGCGAUUUUAUAUCAUUCUCCAGUCAAAACGGCGCCUUCGCUUUAGCCGAAUAAAGUUAAGAUGAAAAGGAAAACGAUUCGUGUGAUCGGCAACAGCGAAACACGUUUGCAGAACAUUUUCGACCUCACAGACUGCUGCCGUCUGGGUCAGACAAAGCGGUGAUUGACAAGCGAGUCCUGAGGAAGGCGGUUAAUUUCAUACAACGGUCGUGGCAGAGGGAGAAGCGGGCGUUCAAAGAUAGAAGAACCUUAUAUAUUUUCAUCGAGAAACGUUACAGAAAACGAAGAUUUAUUUAAAAAAAAGUCAGCAGUGGUAAAUUGUUGCUUUGCAAGUGUCUGAAUUUGGAGUGGCGAGUACGCAUAUGACCUAGAUCGAUGUUGGAUCUGGACGAAAACAAAGUGAAGAGUGUACGCUAAAAGGAGUUCGGAAUGAUGGAGUUUGCAGCAACUAGUAGACCACCGAAAGGUAGAAUGAAGGGUCGAGCGCCACAACCACCACCACAGCCAGCUCCUCGCAGGAUCCUCACUGCUACUAAGAAUUGUAAAGUUGUACAAAGUGAGCAGAAUCCUCGAGACAUGAAAGAAAACGUAUUGCCUGGGAUAGUGGACCUAUUGGUCACCUUACCAAAUGGUGCAGAAAAAUCCAUUCAAGUCAAUGAAAGUAAAGCAGUGAUGGAUCUACUCAUUGACUUGUGCAGCCAAUAUCAUUUAAAUCCAACCCAUCAUACUCUUGAACUGCAAUCCAGAGAGACACGCAAACCAUUAGGCUACAAGCCAAAUACUGCUGUUGGGAUUUUGGAUGUAGACAAAGUGCUCAUAAAGCAGAAAGUUAUUGAGGAUAAGCCAAGAAGACCUCGACCUGUAGUGCCUGAAAAAACUGUGAGGCUGAUUGUGAAUUUCCUCAGGACACAAAAAGCUGUGCUACGUGUCAGUCCACUUGUGCCUUUGCAAGAAUUGUUACCAAUUAUAUGCGAAAAGUGUGACUUCAAAUUAGAGCAUCUUGUUCUCUUGAAAGACUGCAUCAAAAGGGAAAAGAUGGAUCUUUCAAAAUCACUGAAUGAUUUGGAAACCAGAGAACUGUAUGCUCUGGAUACCAGCAGAGAAUUGAGCCAAAGUGCUCUAACUAUCACUGACAUGAAUGAAAAGGAAGACAAAGGAUUAUUGGGCUUUUUGAAAAUUGGCAGAAAGAAAACAAAGAGUUGUUCAACUACUCCAUCCACACCAACUGUUAAUGCACGCUCAGCCACUUUGAAUCCAUCGCUAUCUGCAAGCAACAUUUCAAGAAUAUCACAAGUGAUGGAUAUAAAGAAACGGAGAGCACCUCCUCCACCAUCGGCUCCGCCAGAACAUACAGAUGUGAAACAUGUGGCUGACAGUGCACACGAGAUUGGUGCUGAAUCAGUAAACUCUUGGCAGAAAAAACGACGUGCUCCAGCCCCACCACCUACCCAAAAUAAGUUGGAAAGAACAGAAUUUGAUAGAAGCAAUACCAUUGGUGUUGCUGGAUGUCAAGUGCCACUAAAGCCUCCAAGAGGCACAUUGUCAAUCUCAGACAAACCACGUAAUCCACCCCAAUUAAUGAUUCCUCCUCCUCCCCCAGAAUACCCACCUUCUGCAGACAAUGAGAAUGUGAGCCAGCCAGGAAUGUCUGAUUUCACUCAUGUGGUGCCUGAUGUUCCUGAACACGGUGAAUCGAUACCUGAAUCAGACCUGGGAUCGGAUCAAGAUGGUGGAGUUGGUGAUAAUAUUAUGGAAAUAGAAUCUAGAGAUGGAGAAGAGACUGCUUCAGUUAAAAGUAGUGACAGCUUUCAGCAAAGUUGCUCAAAUUACACUUCAGCAUUGGAUGAUGAAAUGUUGAAAUCUGAUGAUGAUGCGACUGUAAUCGCCCAGACUACUAUGUUCUCCUCUCCCACUGGCAGCCUCAGGUUGAGCAACAAAACUGAUGCAGAUGAAAUCCUGGAAGCCUCAGAUAAAAUAUUUGGUACAGUAGAAAAACGAGCAUGGAGCAAUGGUGCAAGAUACACUGAAGAUGCAGGUCAUUCUUUUGGGAACAAGACCAUCAGAUUUGAAACUGCCUCGCAUGCUGAAUCUAACUGGAAAGAGGAAGGUAAAGUCUCCAUUGCAGCCCAGGUGAAUCUGUCAUUGGCCGAACUGGACGCAGAACUGCCAGCAAUGCAAGAAGAAUUGGCCUCCAAAAAGUCUUCUACAUUGUCUGAAAGAACAGUUGAUGAGCAGGAAACUGUGCCAGUGACAAUCAUUGAUGAAGUACCAUGGACUUGCCAAGAGAAAGUCGAAGAGGUAUUACUGAAAGAAGUUCCAAAACCUUCAAAAGUAAAAGGAUUAGCUAUUACAGACAGGAAUGGAGGAACAAACUCAAAAGUUACAACUGGAAUUUGCAUAACCAAUAUUUAUGAGCGGUCCCCAUCUUAUAUGUCAUCCAGCACAUCCCAUCCUUCAAAUGUUGUUGACUGCAUUGAUGUGUCAAGAGAGCCUAUUAAAAAAACACAGGAACAUUUGAAAACAGAGGUUGUUCAAGAUGAGAUGAAGCCUGGAGAAAGCAAAUUAAAAAUGACUUUCCCAGCAACUGAACUGGCAUGUGAUAUGCAGAUUAGAGGGAAUGUUGGGAAAAACAUGCGCAGCGCUGCACCUGCAAAGAUUGACACAGUAGUAUUGGAAGAGAGAAACUGCCAAUCAAAACAUGGGAGGCAAGUUGAGAGGUAUUCAGCAACAACUCAUAUUCGAGAACACAUACAUACAUCAGACAGACGGCUAAUCACUGCCAACAAAAUUACUAAUGACUGUGUUCCAAAAGUAGGUAUGAGAACAUUCACAGUUAUUCCACUAAAGCCAACGGUAAAACCUCAGCAAAGAGAACACUUGUCACGAGACACAUUUGCUAUCAAGAUUGAUGAUCAAGGCAAUUUAAUGCAUGCAAAGAGCAAUGAAAGAAUAAGUAAAGAGACUGCAUCAAAGAGUUUAGCCACUGACAAAGAAUCACUUGUAGGGAGGGCAAAGGCAUUUUGGAAUGUGAAAAGUACAGAUAAGAAUAACCUGCAGUAUGCCAAUACAGCUAAAAUUGGGACGAUAAAUAAAUCAGAAUGCACAGCUGCUAAGUUGCAGCAGCAAGGGCCAGAAAAACAGUCAACAAUUCUAUUCCCCACAUCCAUUGCAGUUACUGCACAGGUUGCAGCUGCAAGUACCAAAGGUAAAAACUAUUCGCAAUCCACUGAGGAGAAACCAUUUGUGGCAGAUGUGCCGUCGAAUGUUAAAAUGACAAGCAUGCCUGUAAAUAGUCAGCCCAAAAUAAAUAAUUUUAUCAGGCCCUACAGAAGAAGCUCAAGCCAAGAUGUUGCCUCAGCAAUUUGCCGUUACACAGGACUACAAGCAACAAAAACUGAAGCUAGGAAUAAAUCUUUUGGUCAGUUUAGAAAUGGAUUUGAGAGAAGAUCUGAUGACACAAAUAAAUUUAGUUCUGUUGAGGAGAAAUCUUCUCCCAAAUCUUCAAAGAUGAGAAGCCCACUGAACACAGAGUUUGCACAUAAUUCCAGCUGUAACACAGAAGAUGUUACAAAAGUGCUGAAUAAAUUAAAUGUUUUGCCACAAGAAAGCAUUGAUACUGAUGAUGUUCUAAAUCAGAACUGCUUAAUUAAAAAUGCAUCAGAUCAAACAAAUGCCUUUAACAAAAUUACUUUCCAGAAACAACCAUCCCAGAUAAUAUUAAAGGAAUCAAUUUCCACAAAUGAGCAAAUCAGCACUGCAAAGAGUUUAAUUCCACAAAGUACCUUCCAAUCAGCAUCUGUGAAAGGUGUGAUCUCCAGUUCUCCAAAUGAUCAAAUAGUUGACAUGACCAAAACGUUUACAUUCACUCCAUAUUCUUCAUUUUCAGUCUCUGUUAAAACUCAUUCUACUGAAGCAAGACAGAGUGACUGCAUUUCAGAUAACAUUUCUGCCUUAAAUCUGCCAACAACCUCUGUUGCUAGAACUGAAAUAGCAUCAACUGAGGAAUCAGAAAAUUCACAGUCCUUUAACUUAAAUCGUUUUAAUAUCAAACCCAAUUCCAGCAUAUUUGGCCCUGUCAAGAAAUUCAAGCCCAUCAUUCCGAAGCCUGUCCCGAAAGACGAAUGCAGACACAGCACCUUGAUGAAAGCUAUCCAGUCAGGAGAAAACAAAGAACGACUUAGAAAGACUUCUGAUAAAAUGAUGGAUAGUAACAUGAGGCAAUCGUCAAUUAUUGCAAUAGAGAAUGAACACUCUGCACUCUUGGCAUCAAUAAGAGCACACAGUGGUCUUUCAAAACUGACAAAGACAACUUCAACAGCUUCUAGCGAAAUACAGAACACAAACAAUGUUGUAUCUUCUGCAUCAGCAAGAGAAUAUUCUCAAUCAGAAUCACAAUACCUUGCCUCUCCACCUCCCCCACCAGCAGAAUUUACAAAAUCUGAAAAGUUUUCAACCAAGUCUGUUGUCAAUGAAGAAGAUGCACGGACUGCAUUAUUGAAAGCAAUUCAGUCUGGAACUGGUGCUGCACGUCUCAGAAAGGUCUCCAUUCCCUCAAAUACAAUACAAAUAAAUGGAAGAACAAGUUCUGUACAGAUGUCAAAAUGCUGGACUCCUUACAUUUCUUCAUGAACAACACUGCAAAAUUGUGAAAGUAUGAUAAUAAAAAUACUUAGAUAUCACAGAAGAAAAGAAGGAAACAAAUGUUUGCACACUUGUCUUUGACAAAUCCAUUAUCUAGUUCUUUGUUGUUUAUGUCACCAAAUGCACAGAUUUUUGUUUAAAGUUGAACUCUUUAUCAGAACUAAGAACCAAAUUCACCUGUACUAAUAUAUUAUUAAUUAUGUGCUAAGAAGUCCUUGUAAGUGGCAAUCUGAAAUGAUUUUAAAUUGGUAGUUCUCAUCAUACUUUUGAACAUAAGUUUAAACCAACAGUGCCAACAAUAUGUUCACUGUACCUUAAUUGGCACAUGUGACAAUUAAAUUGAAUCUUGAAUCUCAUGUUCUUUUCUAAAUCCUGCAGGUGAAGUGUUGCAUUACCCAGUUUCUAAUAAAAACAAUAAAAUACAUUUUGUAAUUUAUGAUA